CAAAAAACUGAUAACAGUGCAAUGUUCGGACUCUUCGGGAAGAAUAAACCUGUGAAAAUUAGGAGUUAUAAUGAAAACACAAAGUACGGAGUUGCAGCGAAAGAUGUGAAGGAGCUGAUAAAGAAAGGCUGCAAGAUAUUACAGUUGCCAUCUUCUGGUGCUCAUGUCUGCUUGUAUGCGGAUGGAACAAACGUGACGGAGGAAUUCUUCCCAACUCUGUCAGACAACACUGAACUUGUCCUUCUCUCCAGAGAUCAGACAUGGAGUGGAGUUGCAUGUGACAUCGGUCAGUUACUGAGCACAGACCGGCACGCUGACAGCCUCAUUAAAGCGGCGAAGGGGCUCCUGUCGGAUGAGCAGUCUCCUAAAAGACGGAAAAUCCUGACUGACCUGCUGCUCAACCUGGAGGACAGAUCGGAGCUGGAGAGCAGAGAGGAGGAUGAAGACUGGUUCAAAGGUGUUCCUACUCGAUUCAAGACGAAGUCUGCCUACAUGAAGACUAACUGUGAGAACAGGAUACGAGGCUACAUGAAGGAGUUGGAUGGUGCUACCAAAACCAUAACGAAGGCUAAAGUCAGGGAAGAGUUUCUGAAAACAUCAAAAUGCCUGGCGGAAAUGCUGAAGACAACAAAGUACAAUGGCUGCUAUUUUGACAGGACUGAAAAGAAAGCGGAUCGCCUCUGUACUCCGGAGGGAUGGUUUACCUGCCAGGGAUCAUUUGAGCAGAAAGUGUGCCAGAGCCUCCACUCCAUCAACCCCUACGGCAGCAGAGAGAGCAGGAUUGUGUUCAGCACCUGGAAUCUGGACCACAGGAUUGAAAAGAAGAGGACGAUCAUUCCCGCCCUGCUGGAAGCUCUAGAGAAUCACAAGAGCACCGACAUCAACCUGAGCUACUUCUUCCGGAUGCUGUUUACCCGGGAAAACCUGAAGCUGGUUCACAUUGUGUGCCACAAUAAAGCUGCUCACAACCUGCAGUGUGACACUAAGAAGAUUUUUACACAAGCCGUGAACACAGGCAAAGCAAAACAAAACGUCAAAGGGAGGAAGAGGCGAUUAAAUUGUGAAUAAUUUAGUAUAUGAACUGUUAAAAUAUGAGUGACCUCUCCUUUUUACCUCUCAUUUUUUAAACCAUUUUCUGCAUUCUGAACCUGUGUUGCCUGCUGAGCUUUGUCAGACCAAAAUAAUUCCACUCAAACAAACCUUGAAAUCAUGAAAAACAUUUAUUUUUCUCCCUGUUGGCACGGUAAUGUAAAAUGCAUGAAUAGGUUACAAUGCGGCAUUCACUCAGUCAUAAAGUUGCAUAGGAGUGAAUUGCACUAGUGCAAUUACUGUUGACCUCAAAGUUAGAUGAUUAAA